CUGCUGGUUUUGUUGUUACUUCCUGCACGAAACCGACUAAAAAUUCGGUUUUGUCCGAGUCAAAUCUAAAUUGUUCAUGGUUACAAGAAGAAAAGGUAAAAAAAACGUAUUCAGGACCAAAUUUCCCUUCUGUUUGAUAAAUAGUAACAGCAUAAAUUUACUGUGACUUCUGUAUUCUUGGUAUCUCUACUGAACCAAAAAUAAAAUCUUAUCUAGAUCUAAAAUUUCCACGAGUAAAGGGAAUUUAUUUUUUAUUUUUUACGUUCGGCAAGGCGUGGUGAGCAAACUUUCAGUCAUGUCAAAUAGCAUUUUUGCGCAGUUUAACGUUAAUUAAAAGAAGCCAGUUUGCUGUGAUUUUACUUGGCUAUAAUGAUUUCUAAAAUUUAUACAAAGCCAGAAAUUUCAAAAAGUGAGAGAUAAAGUGGACGACAUGGGUUCUAAAAGAAUAUACAAAAAAAAAGAAGCUGAAUGUCUUGGCUGGGAUUCGAACUUAAAACGUAAAGGGACACAACUGUUUGCUUAUAUGUAUUUUUCUAUAUGUGUGUGUGUGUAUGUACACAUGUAUCAGUUCUUUAAUGACGUGUGUAUACUUUGUACGUAAAGAGUGGCAAGAUGGUAAGAAAGCAAGACUGAACAGUUAUCACGAUGUCUGUAGAGACAGCAGCAACAACAUCAUCGACAUCACCAUCUGAUUCUUCUGUAAAUAAUCCACCACAAGUUGGUGCUCCUCCUUCAUGUUCGUUCUACGUUAAAAAAAAGAAAAGAUUCUGUCGGUUCAGACCGAAUAAUGACGACAAAUAUUGCUCGGAACAUAUAUAUUUGUUAAAUGAUCCGACAAGACGAAAGAGGAUUCCUUGUCCUUUGGACUCCAAGCAUACAGUGUAUGAAGAUAACUUGGACAGUCACUUGAAGAAAUGUAACAAACGACAAAGGGCACCACCUAUAUAUCACGUUAAUGAAAUCAACUCCGGAUCCUUAGACAAAGGAGAGUUAUGUCCAGACAAGGUGUCAGUUUUGACAGCUUCCAGCGACCACCUGACAUCACUCAUACAACAAAUUGAUCAGAUCUAUAAAGCGCACACUCCUGAGAUUACAAAGGAAGAAUUAUGGCACAGCUGCAUGUACGAAGAAAUGAACAAUCCUUACUAUGGUAUACAAGCUCAUCGCCAAAGACGACAACAGGCAUCUCUUAUUGGUCAUCUGGAGAAGUUGAAUUUACUGAAGAAAGGUUACACUUAUGUCGAACUUGGUGCUGGCAAAGGUCAACUCUCUAAUUGUCUUCAGAAAGCAAUUCCUGAUAAUGAAGAUGGCCUCUACGUUUUAGUAGAUAAAAGUCAUAUCAGAUAUAAGCUUGAACUUUCCCAUCAGUUUAGCGAAAGUGGACCAACUUUUGUGAGACUCAACACUGACCUUCAACAUUUAUGUUUAGCACUGGUGCCAUCUAUUAAAAACAGUAAACGACCCUUGGUAGGGAUGGGAAAACAUCUUUGUGGUGCUGGAACAGAUUUUGCUUUGAGAUGUCUGACUGAAUCAAGAGAAAAUGGAAAAGAAUCUGAAAAUAAGUUCUCACUUGCUGGAAUUGUCUUAGCAACAUGUUGCCACCACCGCUGUACAUGGGUCGCCUAUACUGGCAAGAAGUUUUUCAAAGAUGUUGGUCUGACUGGAGCUGACUUUCAACUAAUGACUAGCAUGUCAAGUUGGGCAACAUGUGUAUGGAAAGGAUGGAGAGAAACACAAACCCCUGGAGCAGAAACAGCUACCAAGAACAAUGAUGAAGAUGAACAUGUAUGUCUAAAGGAAACCUUAGACAACAUGGAACCAAAUGACACAGAUCCAAAAAUGUCAAAGAGGUUGAAGAUAGAAGAGGAAGAAAAAGAAGAACACAGUGUGGCUGAGGUUGAUGUCAGAGCAAACUUCAAUAUUCCAAUAGAACAACGAGAGUUAAUUGGCCAGAAAUGCAAACAACUUAUUGACUAUGGAAGAUUACUUUAUCUGAAGGAGAAGAAUUUAGAUGUGAAAAUGAAGGAAUACAUUGACGCCACGAUGACACCUGAAAACAUUGUUCUUCUUGCUAAAAGCAAGCAGUAGCACCCUUUCUCAAGGAAAUUGCCUAUAAUUGAAGCUACUGGGAAUUAUCAGUCCACACAUACUGCACUUUUGACAUUUUCGCAAUCAACUUCAUCUUCGCUGCUUCAAAUGAAACACUUUUUGUUUCAUUUCAUUUUCUUUUAUUUACUCUCUGUUAUUUUUUCUUUUUUUCUCCUUUGAAUAAUUGAGGCCACAUAGCUUUACUGAAAAUAUCAUCUCCAAAGAGGUUUGAUGGAAAUUUUAUUGUUUUUCAGUUUUUAUUUUAUUAUUAAAAAAAGGGGGGAAAAAAAAAUUGCUACGAUUCUUUGUUCAAAGGGAGAAGAAUUAAAAGAGCUCAAAUUAAAACCUAACCUAACCCAAUACAAUU